GAGACAUUGAAGGCAGCACCAGCCUUCUCGUUGCAUUCAUUGCGUGAUCUGACCUGUCUGUCCCCAGUGGUAAUAUAAUUCACUGUAGAUAAAACAUUGAUAGCACUAUGCAUCAGUCUGUUCAAAUGUUCGACUUUUCCAGGCACCGACACUAAAAGCGGUGGAAGAGCAGAUUUCUAGCUGCUCUGCUACAUUAGGAGGAGCACCAAAUGCUACCUAGCUACACUGUUAGCAUCUUAGCAGUUUUUUCCGUCCAUUUGAAGGUAUCAUCGAGUCCUACUCAUAGACUAAAUACAGUCUAUGGUACUACAGAGAUCAGCAAAAUGACCUCAGCUUCCACUAAAGUUGGUGAGAUCUUCUCUGCAGCUGGUGCUGCCUUCACCAAACUAGGAGAGCUCACCAUGCAGCUUCAUCCAGUGGCAGACUCCAGUCUUGCAGGUGGUCAGAUGAAGAGCACAGUGAAGAGGAAGCUGUAUGAAGACGGAGCUCUGCCCGCCUCCUCUGAUGGGUCUAAGAAGGUCAUCAAGAAAGCCACCACUACUGUUGCCAUGGCAACACAAGGCACUCCAGCCGUCAUCUCUGUGCCCACAACUCAGGUUGUUGUGGCAUCAGGACUACAGGGUUCCCCCUCCAGCCAGCCCCCCCUGAAGAAACAGAAGACUGCAGAUGUGACCCUCAGUGCUCUGAAUGACUUAGAUGUUAACAGUGAUCUUGUGGACAUCGAGGGACUGGGUGAUGGAUCCAACUCCAAAAAACUCAACAACUUUGAUCAAGAUAACCUGAACCUGGACUCAAGCCUCAUCAUGAAUCCCAGUGACCUUCCUCUGCUCUCCCGUUGACCUUUUACUUCCUGUGGAUUUCAUAGAAAUGAUGGACAAAACCAUGAUAAUAAGACCCAAGUAGUAAUAAACUGGACUUAUCCUUUGACCCAGAUGAUGCUGACCACCCACAUUAGAGUAAAUAUAGUAGUAUUGAAUAUUGUGGUGUGUCAUGCAGGAUUCCUAUCCAAUACAACGCAUCUCAUCAUUUUUAUUUCAGAGCAUUUUUUCUCCUCCUCAUUGACUUUUGCUUCAUAGGAAUGUCAAGAAAUUCCUAAAAAUUUAAAAGACAGACUUUAUGCAGUGAGGAAGCUAUUCUAAGAUUCAUACUUUCUGUUUCCAGGAAUACAAACACAAUGCAGCAGAGAAAGUCAGCUGCAUCGACAUUGCUGUUUUUGUUUCCCCAUCCAGACGCACCCGUAUUGCAAGGGACAGGGAUUAGAAAGCAGAAAUUUGUCUGAAAAUGUAAAUGGUAAUGGAGUACAGUAUUUUAAUGUAUUUCAUGUUCAAUUCUGUCUUGCUAAUUAUUGUUGUUAGCAGAUGUUGACACAAGCCUCAGUUUUGGAAAACAUAUUAGAGUAGUUAUUCGAGUAUUUAGAACAACAAAGACAUUUUGAAUUCAUGUCUGAGUAACUGGUUCCAGUAGGGUUAGGGUUAGUAUGGUUAGUUACAGUAUUUUCAAUGUGAAUUGUCUAAAUUCCUUCUUUCCUCUUAACUUGCUAGUAAAAGUGUGUUAGAGGUUACAAGAACACACGGUCAGAUCAUACACUCGGCUCUUUUCGUUCCAAUUAAGGUGAAACUAAAUAAUAACUAACGAGUAGUUGCUAAUAAUGUUUAAGGGCAAAGAUAAUUUUUUUCAAAUUAUGACAGAAAAUAUGUUUUUGUGGUGAUAGUGCAUUUUUUAAGACUGAGAUAUCAAAAAGGCAGAAACACAUUUGAGUCGACAGUAAGUGUGGAAGCCUGUCAUUUUGAGGUAUAUAUUUAAGUAAAAAAAUGUUUCUUAAAAACACCCAUAAUUCAAGGUUACUUACUAGCUUUUUUCUGACCUUUCAACCACAUCCCAAAGUCUUCAUCAGCGGAUUAAGUUUGCCCAGUUGUCAUAAAAGAUUUCAUCAGCAAACUUCAUCUGCUAAUAAAGACUAGGAGAUGUGGGUGAAGGCUUUGGAAAAAGCUAGUAACCUUGACCUUGAGUUUUUUUUUCUCUCAUGCUCAAAUUAAAGGUUUGUCAAGCAUUAUAUUUGUAACAGUUUUGGAAAAUAGGCUUAUUCACUUCCUUUCUGGGAGUUAGAUGAGCUCAAUAUCAAGCUCAUGUCUGUGCUUAAAGUACAGAGGCAGUUAGCCUAGCUUAGCAUAAAGAAUGGAAACGGGUAGCCUGGGUCUGUCCAAAGUUCAAAAAUACACCUACCAACACCUCUGAAGCUCACUGGUUAUCAUGUUGUUCCUAAUAUGUUCCUCUUUUUACACAAACAGAAAUGUUAGAAUUAAUGGUUUCAAUGGGAAAUUUGUGCUGGAACUAUUUCUUGGCAAACUAUUACAGUGACUUUCAGGAGUCUUGCUGUUAUCAACAUUACUACUACUUUUGGCUUCUGUACUUAGGAAUAACUACGUAACCAUGCAAUAACCAUAAUGUUCAUAAAUACUAUUGGGAAAUACUCACUGGUUACGUAUCAAGAUAUAAAUCUGUCUGUCUGAAAGUAAAGUCAAAUUUAAGACUAGUUCUUAUCCUACUAUAUUUCCAUGUGGAGGUCCUAUAGCAAUAAUCCAUAUUAUAUUUGUAUUUAUACCAGACUUGUAUAGAAAACGUAAUUAUGGAAGUUGAAAUGCCAUAAAAAAGUGAAGUGUUUGUUUCUUCUGUCAAUAUUGUAUAUACAAACUGUUGGCUCUGUUUUUGACUAUUGUAGCAUUUAACAACAUCAUGUAAAGUGGUGUGAAAAAGUGUUUUCCCCCUUUCCUGAUUUCUUUUUUUUUUGCAUGUUUGUCACACUUAAAUGUUUCAGAUCAUCAAACUAAUUUAAAUAUUAUUUAAAGAUAACACAAGUAAACACAAAAUGCAGGUUGUUAUUAUUAAGGGAAACAAAAAAACUAAAUCCAAACCUACAUGGCCCUGUGUGAAAAAGUGAUUGCCCCCUAAACCUAAUAACUGGUUGGGCCACCCUUAGCAGCAACAACUGCAAUCAAGCGUUUGCGAUAACUUGCAAUGAGUCUUUUACAGCGCUGUGGAGGAAUUUUGGCCCACUCAUCUUUGCAGAAUUGUUCAGCCACAUUGGAGGGUUUUUGAGCAUGAACUGCCUUUUUAAGGUCAUGCCACAGCAUCUCAAUAGGAUUCAGAUCAGGACUUUGACUAGGCCGCUCCAAAGUCUUCAUUUUGUUCUUCUUCAGCCAUUCAGAGGUGGACUUGCUGGUGUGUUUUGGAUCAUUGUCCUGCUGCAGAACCCAAGUUCGCUUCAGCUUGAGGUCACGAACAGAUGGUCGAACAUUCUCCUUCAGGAGUUUUUAGUAGACAGCAGAAUUCAUGGCUCCAUUUAUCACAGCAAGUCUUCCAGGUCUUGAAGCAGCAAAUCAGCCCCAGACCAUCACACUACCACCACCACAUUUUACUGUUGGUAUGAUGUUCUUUUUCUGAAAUGCGGUGUUACUUUUACGCCAGAUGUAAUGGGACACACACCUUCCAAAAAGUUCAACUUUUGUCUCGUCAGUCCACAGAGUAUAUUCCCAAAAGUCUUGGGGAUCAUCAAGAUGUUUUCUGGCAAAAAUGAGACGAGCAUUAAUGUUCUUUUUGCUCAGCAGUGGUUUUCGUCUUGGAACUCUGCCAUAUGCAAACCAUUUUUGCCCAGUCUUUUUCUUAUGGUGGAGUCGUGAACACUGACCUUAACUGAGGCAAGUGAGGCCCGCAGUUCUUUGGAUGUUGUUGUGGGGUCUUUUGUGACCUCUCGGAUGAGUCAUCACUGCACUCUUGGGGUAAUUUUUGUCGGCCGGCCACUCCUGGGAAGGUUCACCACUGUUCCAUGUUUUCGCCAUUUGUGGAUAACGGCUCUCACUGUGGUUCGCUGGAGUCCCAAAGCUUUAGAAAUGGCUUUAUAACCUUUUCCAGACUGAUAGAUCUCAAUUACUUUCUUUCUCAUUUGUUCCAGAAUUUCUUUGGAUCUCGGCAUGAUGCCUAGCUUUUAAAGAUCUUUUGGUCUACUUCACUCUUCUUCUUCUUCUUCUGUUGUGUUUUAUGGCGGUUGGCGUCCCUAAUUGCACAGUUUAAACUUUUAACAGUGUCCACCCAAUGUGAUCCCAUGCCAUAGUCAAUUCUGUAACCCAGACCCCAUUGUCUGAGUUGGUGCAACUCCUUCCUUCAGUGUAACAUCCAGAUCCUCUCCAGAUAUGUCCACAACAUUCAGAAUCUUCUUGCCGCAUCCAGCACCAUCUUAAUCCUUUCUGACUUCCCCUUCAUUUCAGCCGCACAGUUUAUAACCAUGGCAAUAAAUGCCAGAAAUCGCUUCUUGUCCAUACUGAUGUUUUGCUCAUCUCCAUUUCCUUUCUUCUCCUUUUCCUUUUGAACUACCACCCUUUCACCGUUUCUCUCCAUACUCUUAACAGCUUCCGCAUAUGACAAUCCCUUUUCCGCUCUGAUCUUAUUCAUUUUCAUUUCCUUAAUUCUUUUUGGACAUUGUGCUGAUCCCGUAUGGUGGUUUCCCUCGCAGUGCAGGCACCUAGCUUGCUUUUUCUCCACUUUACACUUCUCCAAUUGUCCUUCCCACAUCUCCCGCAUCUUCUGCCCCCUUUACAUACUGCAGCAACAUGUCCAUAUUCCUGACAGCAGAAACAUCUGAGAGGCGCUCUCUCAUACGGCCUCACCCUGUAGCACACAUAAUCUAGGUACACUCUCUCUGGUAAUUCCCCUUCAAAAGUCAAACACACUGAGUUACUGUCCUCCUCCUCCCCAUUUCUGAAUCUUGUCAUCCUUCUUGCCUCACACACACUUUCAACCUCCCGAAAUGACUCGGCCUCCACCGACAGUGGCACGCCGCUUACUACUCCCUUCUUCUUUACUUCUGGUCCGAGUGGGAAGCAGUCCACACUGCUAUAAUCUCCAAAUGCAUGAAUCUUCAGGGCUUUAUCUCUGACGCUUUGACACACAUUCAAUGAUAACCAUCCCACUUCUUGUUAUCCUGACCGAUCUGACAUCUCCGAGCUUUCCUCCUACAAACUUUCCGACCUCAUGUGGAUUCUUGAAAAUGCCGUCUGUUUGUGUCACAGCUAUCAUCCCAACAAGAUACUUUUCCUCUUUCUGACCGGUUUCACUUGAGUUACUCUUCUUCCUUUUCUUUUUAUUUUCAAAUCCUCUCGAAUCCUUGUUUCUAGUUUCGCGCUCUGAUUCCUCCUCUGACUCCAUUUCCGCUUCUACUUGCAGUUAUGUCGCUCUGUACGUGGAUGCAUAACUGGAUAACGCGUUCCGUCUACUUCACUCGGUCAGGCAGGUCUUAUUUAAGUGAUUUCUUGAUUGAGAACAGGUGUGGCAGUAAUCAGGCGUGGGUGUGGCUAGAGAAAUUGAACUCAGGUGUGAUAAACCACAGUUAUGUUUUAACAGGUGGGGCAAUCACUUUUUCACACAGGGCCAUGUAGGUUUGGAUUUUGCUUUCCCUUAAUAAUAACAACCUUCAUUUAAAAACUGCAUUUUGUGUUUACUUGUGUUAUCUCUGACUAAUAUUUAAAUGUGUUUGGUGAUCUGAAACAUUUAAGUGUGACAAACAUGCAAAAAAAAAAAAAAAAAAAAAGAAAUCAGGAAGGGGGCAAAUACUUUUCACACCACUGUAUAUUUGACAUUACAGCAGAGCAAUUUUCAAAGCAUGCUGUUUUAUAUUUUCUAAUGUGAUUUUUCACUUUUGAGGCAGCAUCUGGAUUUUAUUCAUGUCAGUACAAUAUGAAAGUCAACAUGAAGACACUUGCCAAUCCAUCAUCAUGUCUGCUUUUAUUGUUGUCAAGUUAUCAUGAGAUGGUGAUUCAUAAGUACAGUUAGAAUGGACUGCAUUGCAUUGAAAGCUGGAUGUAGGAAAAAGUCGUAAAAAGUUACUCAUAUCUAACCCAUUUUGGCAAAUACUUUUUGCGUUACGUUUUGCUAAAACUAUCCUGUAGAGCUCAAUGACAAUUGAGCAAAUUACAUCCACUGAUGAAGACCUUGAGAUGUGGUUGAAAGCCCUAUUAAAGCUUCUAAGUAGAUCUUGAUUUAAUUUUUUUUCAAAAAGAAAACUCUGCUGAGAUUUUAGUAAAAUGUUAAUUUAGACAUAAGAUUUGUGAACCUGAGUAUGUUUAAAUGAGAAUUUAUAGACAAUAUUCUUAUAUCACCACAUACCAUGCUCACUGUGAUAAACUAUCCAUCUCAAACACAUUUCAAGUCUGAAUUAAAUUUGAUAGUGUACUGAAAUUAAAUGAAACCAAUGGCCAUGUAGAAGGUAGGAAAAUCACAUGUAAUAAUCUAAAAUGCUAUGUUAUUCCUUGGAAAAAGUUCAGCAGGAAUGUAUAGUGCCAACACACUGGUGUUGUCCUUUAAAGAUGUUCAGAUCCACAUUGGGUGGCGGUAAUGCACCAAUAAAGUGGAUGCCAACCGCCGUAAAACAAAAAGAUCCACAUUGAAGUGGAUCACUAGUUUAAUAGAGGCUAUAGAAGGAGGAAGUUUGUGUAAAAGAUCAACAUGCUAUUUAAUAAAACUGAUUUGUAGAUUGUA